UGCUGCAUCGCGACGCGCACCGUGUUUGUUUCAAGUCAGUGGCGUGUUCUUCCAACCGGACGGAUUUUAUCUAGCUGGGUUUUGUUUCAGAGUCGCUCUAGCAGAGCUAAAGUUUUUUUUUGCUGGGUUACCACUAUGAUACAGUUCGUUUGACCGUACAGCAGCUUGAAGACCUAAACAGUAUGGCUGCUUGAAUAACUGCUUGUGUAAUUGGUUUUCGCUGAGUAGAAACUAUCAGAAAGUUGUCUCAAAGCUGAAAUUAGCCAUUUUCUUUAAACAAGUCUUUCUUCGUCGUGGACCAUAAUGAGCAGCAUCAAGGAGGAAACUCGCAGUGCAUCCCCUCAGUGCCCCAAACCGGAUGAGUCAGAGGAGCCCCUCGGUACGGCCAUGGAGGCAGCAGGGGAGGAGAGCGUCAAGUCUAAAAAUAUUCCUGAGCUGGUGAUUACCAAGGAAAUGGAGGAAGAAGAGAAUCAACUGAUGGAGGAAGGGGAGCGAAAAGAUAAGGAGAUGAUGAAAAAGGCACAAGAAUCAUGGGAGAGGGACUCGCAUGACAUACGUUUCAAAAGGCUGCAGCAUUUGCUUCAGAAGAGCAACAUCUAUUCUAAAUUUCUGCUGACAAAGAUGGAGCAGCAGCAGAAUGAGGAGAGACUCCGGAAGGAGAGACUGGAGAGGAAGGCUGUGGAGAAGAAGGAUGGCAGCAGUGCAGAGACUCUGAAAGAUGCAACAAAGAGGAAGAGGAGGAGGAGAGAUGAAGAGUACAAAAUUGCUGAUGUCAUGACAAAAGAAGAAAUCAUGUCACAAGCGAAGAGAUCAAAACUGGAGGAAGUGAAGGAGGCGGCACCAGCUCAGAAGAAACUUGACGCAGAGGAUAUCGAAAAGAUGAGUGACUCCAACGAGGACAUCAAGAUCCGGCUGUCGGAGACGGUUCGAGAAAAUGCCAAACAUCUCCUGCAUCCUUACUGGAAGGUAAAUGGGCAGCCCGUUGCUGUCCAGCAGCCGCAGCUGUUUACAGGCGGAGUUAUGAGGUGGUACCAGAUCGAAGGCAUCGAGUGGCUGAGGAUGCUGUGGGAGAACGGCAUCAAUGGGAUCCUGGCUGAUGAGAUGGGACUGGGGAAGACCAUCCAGUGCAUUGCCCACAUCGCCAUGAUGGUAGAAAAGAAGGUGAUGGGCCCUUUCUUGGUGGUGGCUCCUCUCUCCACUGUGCCAAACUGGAUCAGCGAGUUUAAGCGCUUUACACCAGAGAUAUCAGUGAUUAUUUAUCACGGCACUCCGCCAGAAAGGGCCAAGCUGCUGAAGCAGAUCCGCAGGUCUCAAGGGCCACUUAACAUGUUUCCUGUAGUCAUCACUUCCUUUGAGAUCUCCAUGAUUGACAGAAGGUUUCUACAGCACUUCCACUGGAAGUACCUGAUUGUGGACGAGGGCCACAGGAUCAAAAACCUGAACUGUCGGCUGGUGCGGGAGCUGAAGAUGAUGCCCGCUGACAACAAGCUGCUCCUGACAGGCACGCCGCUGCAAAACAACCUGGCUGAGCUCUGGUCCCUCCUCAACUUCCUACUCCCAGAGGUCUUUGAUGACCUCAAGAGCUUUGAGUCAUGGUUUGACAUUAGCUCUCUUGGUGAUGGUGAUGACGUGGUGGUUGCAGAACGGGAGCAGAACAUCCUGAGCAUGCUUCACCAGAUUCUGACCCCAUUCCUGCUGAGGAGGCUGAAGUCAGACGUGACACUAGAGGUUCCUCCAAAGAAAGAAAUUAUUGUUUAUGCACCCCUGACGCCCAAACAGGAGACACUUUACAGUGCUGUAGUCAGCAACACCAUCGUGAAGGUGCUUGGUCAGGAGAAGAAAGAGGCUCCAAUGGCAUUGACAUCAGAUGGCAGGCCCAAACGUCGCACCCGGAAGUUGGUGGACUACAGUGAAACGGAGAGUGACACGAUGAUCAAUCUGAUUAAAUACUUGGAGAGAGUCCGCAAGGAGGCUGAGAUUAGUCCCCAACCACCAGUGUUGGAUGUUUUUACCCCGCCUGAUGCUGAGGUCCACUUGAAGCUGCAAAACGUGCUCAUGCUGCUGAAGAGAUGCUGUAACCAUCCAUACCUGGUGGAGUACCCCCUGGACCCUGCCACACAGGAGUUUAAGAUUGAUGAGCAGCUGGUUCAGACCUCAGGGAAGCUCCUUAUACUGGACAGGCUGCUGCCUGCUCUGAAAAAAAGAGGGCAUAAGGUCCUAAUCUUCAGCCAGAUGACAUCCAUCUUGGACAUUUUGAUUGACUAUUGCUACCUCCGAGGCUUCCUGUACAGCCGAUUGGAUGGCAGCAUGUCCUACACUGAAAGAGACGAGAACAUCAAAAAGUUUUUCUCGGAUCCAGAUGUGUUCAUUUUCCUGCUGAGCACCAGGGCAGGGGGACUUGGAAUCAACUUGACAGCAGCUGACACAGUUAUCAUCUUUGACAGUGAUUGGAACCCCCAGUCGGACUUGCAGGCUCAGGACCGCUGUCAUCGCAUUGGACAAACCAAACCUGUGGUGGUGUACCGUCUAGUAACGGCCAACACUAUUGACCAGAAGAUCCUGGAGAGGGCGUCGGCCAAGAGGAAGCUGGAGCAGAUGGUUAUCCACAAAAAAAAGUUCAAAGGUGGAAAGGCAGAGCUGAAGCAAAGCAAGAGUUGCAUUGAUCUGGAGGAACUGCGGGAGCUGCUACAAGCCAAAGGCCCUGAGAAGGAGGUGAAAUCAUCAGAAGGGAAGGUGAUCAGUGACAUGGAUUUGGAGAUUUUACUUGAUCGCAGCGACUUGCUGGACAAAGACAGAAGGCGCAUGAAGGAGAAGGUGGGAGUCUUCAGAGUGAUUGAUGCUAAAGAGUCAUCAGAGAUCACACUGACCUGAAAAAACAGGAGUCUAAAGCUGGAGCACUUGAAGCUGAACCCUGAUGCAUCCUAACUUCUGACACUUUUAGGAAGACCACCAUAACGUUCACAGAUUAUGCUUUUUUUUUUGUCCUGUUUACUUUGUGUAAGAAUGUUUUGUUUAAUAAAAUGUCAUUUUAAGGCUAA